UAGCUUUGCCUUGCACAACCUGAGAGAAUCUGCACAUCUGGCUUCUGAAGAAGAAAUGAAACUCUUCCACAUCCUUUCAGAACCACAAAGAAGUAACUGGGAAUCAGUCUUGAGGUUAUAUAGCUCUAUCUUGCCCAGCCUGAGAGACUCUUCACACUUGGCUUCUGAAGAGGAAACCAGACUCUUCCACAUCCCUUCAGAACCACAACGAAAUAACCAGGAAUCAAUCUUGAGUAAGAUGUCUCAGAAGGAUACAAUGUUGGAUGCCCUGCAUGAGGUGAGAUGUCACUUUACAUGGGAUUUACUGAGAAUAGACAUAGACCUGAAUGAUCUCGAAAACAGAAUUCUGAAUGAGAUUGAGUUCCUGGACACAAAAUUCAAUGUGGGAAUUCACAACACAUUGGCCUACGUGAGGCAGGAGAUGGGUCAAAAUGAGCAGGCUUUGGAAAGCUUGAGAAAAGCUGAAGAGUUGAUUCAACAGCUUCCUGAUGAUCAAGCACAGAUAAAAAGCCUUGUGACCUGGGGAAACUAUGCCUGGAUUUACUAUCGCAUGGACAGACUCUCUGAAGCCCAGACUUACCUGGAUAAGGUAGAAGCAAGUUGUAAGAGGCUUUCAAGUCCUUUCCGCUAUAAAGUGGAACAUCCAGAAAUUGACUGUGAGGAAGGGUGGGCCCUGCUCAAAUUUGUAAAGGAGUAUUAUGAAGGGGCCAAAGCUUGUUUCCAAAAAGCCCUGGAAUCAGAGCCUGAGAACCCUGAAUUUAACACUGGAUUUGCAAUCGCCAUGUAUCGUCUGGAUCAUAUUGGCAAUGAAGAUCCUAGUAUCUCUCUAGAACCACUAAUGCGGGCAGUCACACUCAACCCAAAAGAUGCUUACAUUAAAGUUCUCCUUGCAAUGAAGCUCCAGGCCUUGGAUCAAGAAGAGGAAGGAGAAAAGUACCUGCAAGAGGCUUUAGACAGUAUGUCAUCUCAGCCCUACCUCUUUCGCUAUGCAGCCAAAUUUUACUACAGACAAGGGUGCCUGAAGAAAGCAUUUCCUUUAUUAGAAACUGCUUUGCAGGACACUCCAUCCUCUGCUGUCCUGCAUUACCAGAUGGGACUUUGUUACAAGAAAAAAAUGAAGCAAAUCAAGAGGGCUACUAACCACCAGCCACGAGGCAGGGAUAGACAAGAUUGUGACGAUGCAAUUCAGUCGGCCAUAUUUCAUUUUAAAACUUCAAUAGAGUAUAGAACCACAUUGGAGGCAAGUUAUAUAGAACUAGGCGACAUGUAUGCAGAAGCAGGUGAUUUCAACAAAGCAGAAGAAAGCUACCAGAAGGUAUUGAACAUGAAGUACCUUCCAGAUCAUCUGAGGCAAGAUGUCCACUAUCACUAUGGGAACUUUCUGCAGUUUUACAGGAAGUCUGAGGCUGAUGCUCUCACCCAUUACCUGGAAGGCCUCAAAAUAAACACAGAAAAUAAAAUUACAAAAAAACAUCUUCUAAGUGCUUUGGAGAAGUUAGCAAAAAAGCGUCUUCAGAGAAAUGCAUCAGAUGUGGAGAGUUUGAAUCUCCUGGAGUUCAUCAAUAAGAAGGGAGAACCAGGAGAGGCCAUACAGCUCUAUGAGAAAGCCCUGGAGUCGGGCUCCUCCCUUCUGAUUUCUGGAGCACCUCUCUUCCCUCCAGAUGCUGCUCAAGCACCACCUUCUUCUUAAAGCCUUUCCAGAUCCCCUCCACAACUACUGCUUUCUUAUCUGCAAGCAUCUUGUAUUUACACAAGUUAUACUCAUUUGUUCCUGUUCCAUUUAUAUUCAUUGUUUGUUUUUUCAUAUUGCCUUGUUGUCUAUAAGAAUACAAACUCUUUGAGAGUAAGGAUUGCUUCGUUCUUUGUCUGUGUAUCCCAAAUGUUGAGAACAGGGCUUAGCAGAGUGCCUGCUACAUAGUAGAUGCCUAAUAAAUGUUUAUUGACUGAC